AUGCGUCAACUUCAUGGUGUUCUUCACCUCGAAGAAUCUGGCUUCCUGAAAAAAAUUACUAACAAAGACAAGACAUUGAACAAAGACACUACUGAUUUUUAUUAUGAGAAUUGGAGGGAUGUUGGCAAACUCGAAGACAAUGAGAAGCAUGUUGAAGAAAGGCGCCAUGAAGCUCAAAAGAUGACCAAUUCUUUCUAUGAUAUGGUUACAGACUUUUAUGAAUAUGGGUGGGGACAAUCAUUCCAUUUUGCAAAAUUGUAUAAAGGUGAUUCUUUUGAAGAGAACAUCAACCGUCAUGAGGCUUUCUUGGCCUUGAAACUCGGAUUGAAGAGUGGUAUGAAAGUAUUGGAUACAGGAUGUGGUGUUGGUGGUCCUCUAAGAGAAGUUGUAAAAGCUUCUAAUGGUGCUCAUGUUACUGGCAUUAACAAUAAUGCUUAUCAAUUGCAGCGCUGUGAAGCUUAUUCUGCCAAGUAUGGCUUAAGCCAAUACACAAGCUUUAUUAAGGGCGACUUUACCAACAUGCCAGUUACUAACGAAACCUUUGAUGCUGUCUUCUCUGUCGAAGCUACUGUUCAUGCUCCUCAUCUUGAACAAGUGUAUGGCGAAAUUUAUCGCGUCUUGAAGCCUGGCGGUCGUUUUGCCUGUUACGAAUGGUGUACUACAGAUUUGUAUGAUGAGAAUGACUUGACCAUGAAGAAAGUAAUUCAUAGUAUUGAGCUCGGAAAUUCGAUCUCCAAGCUAUAUUCAACCAAGGAAUGCAUACAAGCUUUACAUUCAGUUGGAUUUAAGGUAUUGGAACAAGGCGAUAUGGGCAUUGUUGAUCAAGCUACCAAUCCAUGGUACAACACAUUGAAAAAAGCUGAUAGUGGUCUUCGUGGGUUCCUUCGCUCCCCUGUAGGUCGUUUUUAUACAAACACAUUGAUGACUUUCUUGGAUAAAUUUGGGAUUGUCCCCCCUGGUGUAUUGGAGACCUCGGAACUGCUAAAUGAAGCAGCGGAAAAUCUAGUUGCCGGAGGUGAGUUAGGGAUCUUUACACCAAUGUUUUUCUUCCUUGUCGAGAAACCUUUAUCAGAUGUUGCUGCUAGUGCUUAG